GUUUUUUAUUUAUCACGGCGCAGGAGCAACAAGUGUAAUGCCUUGAUUUUACUUGUUGAUUUUAAAGACUCCAUUCAUUAACCGCUUUUCUACUCAACCAACUAAGUAAUGUCGAAGCGAAAACGGUCUGCAAACCAUCCUGUACAUGGUUAUCUCGCUGCAGAGUUGGUGCGCCAACUGCGGGAUUUGCAGUCGACGGGAAUGUUCUGUGAUGUCGUUCUGAAAGGCAGCGAGAAAUCCGCGGUGGGCAUUCCCUGCCAUCGCGCUGUCCUCAGCGCGCACAGCGUGUACUUUCGGGCCGCUUUCACAGAGAACUGGAAGGAUUCGACACAGCCGGUAUUCCAACUGCACAACAUCGACAGUCGCACGUUGAACGAGUUGGUGAAGUAUUUCUAUACGUUGGAUAUUAAGCUAAACAACGACAACGUGGAGUCGAUUUUGAUUGCGGCGCAGUUCCUGCAGAUGACGCCCCUCGCCGAACUGUGUUGGGAGCACGUGGACAAGCACAUGCAGCGGUCGGACUCCCUAGCGGUCUACAUUCUGGCCUCUCAACACGAUAAUCCCGAUCUGGCUGAAAAAACCCUGGAGGAUGUCUGGCGACACUUUCCUACGUUUGCGCAGUGUCAAGACUUUUUGCAGAUGGACGCGCAACAGGUCCGCAAGUUUCACUCGAUGGAAGAACAUGGAACGAUGUCGAUCUGUGGUGUCCGGAUGCAUCCACAUGGAGGUAUUCCGAAUGUGAAGCCAUUCAACUGCAUCCACGCUGAACCCGUUAGAAAUGACGAUUCAGCCAUUCUGGCUGUUCUUGGGGAGUAG